GUGUUUUAUUCAAAAAAGGCAACUCUUAACGAAAGAUACAUUACAAUCCACGAACAAACAAUUCAAAUAUUUUCAUUAUUUUGUUCGAACCUCGUAUAAUAAAAAAAGAAAAACUUAACUAGAUUCACAACAACGUUAAAAGGCAAUAUCAUCGCAAUACCGUUCUUUCCCACUGUUAAAUGAAUUGAGCCUAUUUUGUAACUAUUGUUCAGUACUGUUUCCAAUAUUGUUUUAAACCGAAUCCACAUUUGUGCAAGCGCUCGGUGCCCGUGUCCAUGGUAACAACCCAAAGUUUGUUCGAUCAUUAGCUCACUGCAGCCCACGUGAAAUUGCAACAAACAUCAACAUGCCCGUGAUUCUGGAAAAUCACACCUGGAAACAAGAUGCCGAGCGGGUGACAGUGCGCAUUCCAUUUCCCGACAACCAUCUGCGACCGGAGCAGGUUUUUACCAGUGAACAGUACCUGAAAAUUAACAAGCCUCCCUAUUACUGGGAAGCCACACUGCUGCAUCCUAUCGUGGAGAACGACAGCCGAUGCGCUAUCCUCGAGAAUGAAGUGGUGUUCACGCUCAGGAAGGUGCAAUCCGAUUUGGAAUGGGAAACGCUGGAACAGCAGAUCACGGGACGGGACAAGGUUCGGUUGAAGACAGAACUGCUGGCGAAUCACCAGAAACGGCUGGAGGAGAGGGCGAAACAGCGCGCCGUCGAAAGGGAUCAGAAAAAACGAGAUGAAAUUUCCAAACAAAUUGAACGGGAAGGAAAUCAACGAACAGAGUAUGAACAACUGCUGGAACGGAGUAAGCAAGCGGAGUUGAAGCGUAUGGAGGAAGAGCGAAAAAAGCGCCCCGAAAAGAAAGUUCCUUCUGAACCAAAAAAAUCAGCUGUAAAAGUGGCUGCGGAAAAACCUCACGUUUUGGAGAUACCAUCUAUUCGCCGCAGCGGAACAGUUGAAGUGACAUUUUCCAAACGUAAUUUUGUCACCCCAAAGCGGGAAUCAAACGAACACGACGAACACGAAUGGAUGAGGAAGCUGAGUGAAGCCAAACGAGAGGUUGGCUUCGUUGAUGAAGAUUUGAGACCGGAGGAACGGAAUCCAGAAUGGUUGAAGCAGAAGGGGGACACCUUUUUCCAACAGGAGAACUAUUUGGCCGCAAUCUCGGCAUAUUCCGCCGGAAUCCGACUCACCAAGUCAUACUAUUCGCUUUUCUUAAACAGAUCAGCAGCACACUUUGCGUUGGAAAAUUAUAAGCGAUGUAUCGAGGAUUGCUCAGCAGCGCUGGAGCUGCUCGUUCCACCAGUUGAGGUGAACAGGAAAGCUCGAACGUCUUGUUUGGCACGGAGAGGUGCCGCGUUAGUGAAGCUAGGACUUCUGAGACAAGGCCACGAUGAAUUUCUAGCGGCCUUGAAACUUGAUCCUCAGAAUGAUAGCCUGCGGCGGGAUGUCGAAAUGAUUCAGCGGAAGCUGGAAGAUAGCAGCAGUGAUUCGGAUGAGUGAUAUUAUAAUUGUGAAUAUAGCUAACGCAUACAAGAUAACUAUAUAAAUAAAAACAACAGAUAACAGUA